AUGCAGGUCCGAUUCGUCGAGCACCCCAUGCACUCAAACGCCCACACACGUCUGAAAGACACUGACUCAUCCCACGAACUGUCCGUUAACCAGUCUGUCCGUACUCUAGAGGUUAGAAACUACGACCAGCCGUGCCCCCAAUUGCGCACGCUCACUCACCCGGCUAACAGGGAGCUGGCACUUCGUUGUCUGCGCUCCGGUCGCUCCGGAGGCCGCUUAAUGCGAUCCAGCAUCGACAAAGCCAGUCUCACUUGUUUACACACUUUGAUGUAUGAAAGUCCUGUUUGGCAACUUAGCCUUUGA